AUGUUAUAUUUCGUUGUGAUCAUCGUACAAUUACUAUCGUACUCAACCUGCACUCACAAAUAUGUUCGUGAUGUGGAUUCAACAAUUGUUGAGGAAAUAAAACAUUCACCAACUGCUAGUUAUUUGUUAGAACUUUAUGCUCCAUGGUGUUCGCAUUGUCGCCGCUUAGAACCCAUAUAUGAAGAAUUAGCUAAAGAAAUUCAACAGAUGGCAUCCACCGUCGAAGAAUAUUCCAAUGUACGAGUUGUAAGAGUAGAUGCGACGGUUUAUUCUGAUGUAGCCAAUAAAUUUGAUGUUCGAGGUUAUCCGACAAUAAAAUUUAUUCGUGGAGGAGAUAUAGAACAUACAUUUACCUAUGAAGAUGAUCGUACAAAAGUGGCCAUUUUAGAAUUUAUUAAACGAGUGAAUGGACCAUCAUUGAGAUGGUUAUCUUCAAUUGGAAAAUUUACGCAAGCAAGGUCGAAGCACGACGUUUUUUUCAUUUUAAUAAGUCGACAACAAGACUCUUCGCAACAAUCACAUAGUGAAAAUGAUGAUGAUCAUGGUAACACUGCUGAUGAUAAAUUAAUAGAAUUAUACAAAGAUAUGGCAAAUCGUUAUUUAUCUCAAUCAUAUUUUUACGCUACAAAUGCAUCAACAAUAAUUCAAACAUAUUUCUCAAAAUAUAAGCAACCUGUUGAAAUAUUCGCUGUUAAAUCAGAAGGUUUUUAUCGAUAUGAUCCACAAGAUAGUCAUAUUAGUUUGGAACAAUUUUUUAUUAAUGAAAAAUCUCCAACUUAUGCUGAAGUAACUAUUGGAAAUAUACACGAUAUGAUUGUAACACGAAAAUUGUUGAUUAUCUAUGGUUAUAAACCGUCCAAUGAUGAUAAAAAUUAUAGACAAGAGGUUAAGAAUCAAAUUGGUGCCUAUGCAUUAUCAACAUCGAAACAAACACGAUCUUAUAUUCAAUUUUGUUUUACAACUGAUCUUGAUCUUUUAAGUAAUAUUGCUGUAUGGACUCUGCCCGAACCACUCAUUUUUCUCUACAAUAGUUCAACACACUAUUAUGGCUAUUAUCUAUUAUCGCCAAAAGAACAAAUUACAGACAAACACAUAGAUCAUUUAGUUGAGAAUCAACAUGAAAUUAUUAUUCAUCCUGGUAAUACAUUUGUCAAACGACUAUUUCGUCCAUUUUGGGAAUUAUAUAGAACAGUCGUACUCAUGUUUAUUGAAGCACCAUUUAUAUCAAUGUUAGUUGUAGGAUUACCAGCUGCUGUCAUAUCGAUUGUUUGCUAUUUUCUAUGUUGUUUACCGAGUGAAAGUUCAGCGAAAGAACAACAACGAAAAGAUGGUGGUGAAUCAGAAGAGGAUGAAGAAGAUGAGGCGUCAGAAAGAAUUUUAAAUGUGCAACCAAAAUUUAUUGAAAAUUUUAAAAAACCAAAAGAUGCGAAAGAUAUACCGACAUGGCCGCAACAUCCAGAAUUAUUGAAUGAACAAAAAACUACGCAGGAAAAAAAACGUGACUAG